UUUGGACUGUGGGAGGAAACCCACACAGACACGCAGAGAACAUGCAAACUCAUGCAUAAUUACAUCUUAAGAAUCAAAAUGAAAGUACUGGGCCUGAUAUUUUACAUCACAGGGCGGAGCUACAUUACGGUUAAAAGAGGGGAAUGUUCAGGAAAGCCUGUAGUGUAAACGCUGCGCAUGAGCUGCACACUGCUUCAGUUAUUUUCACAGCAAUGGGUGACUCUGCUCAACAGUAAAAUCAGCAGAUCCUGAACGAUGGGUGCAAAGGUUUCAGUCAAGAAUGAAACUCCCUAUACUUGGUACUACUCCAGAUCACAGUCGGGGGGAUUUCAACCCAUUAGCAGUGGCUGCAGGGCAGAGUAUGAUGAGAACAAGGCAAUCCAUUGCUACAUCUACUUAAGAUAUCAAAACCACAGUUGGAAUAGCUUUUCAUAUGAAUUCAAUAGCAAUAAGGGCAACCCCACAUUUACCCUACGGGAAAGCUAUGACCGCUCCUGCAUUCAACUGUUCUGCAGCACUGAAAGAAAUGUUCCACAGUGUCAAAACUAUGGAAAAUUGGAAGCGGACCGAAUCCAUAAUGAACAGGAGAAAAAGAGGCAAGAACAGCAAAAGCAGCAGGAAGAACAACGCAGGCGGCAGGAAGAACAACGCAGGCGGCAGGAAGAACAAUGGAGGCGGCAAGAGGAAGAAAGGAGACGUCUGGAACGCUUGGAACGGGAGCGACGGAUUCAGGAACAGAUAGACAAAGAGAGCGAGUCUUCCAGAAUUAAGCUUUCUCGAGCAAGUGAGCGACUUCGUGAAAAACAGAGCUUCAAAGGCCAUGCGCACCACCAUGAACGCACUCAAGUUCUCCAUCAGGAAAUAGAGGAUGAUGCAGCUGCAAUUGAGAGGAAUGAGGUUACUGAUGUGGAAGAAAAAUUUCAAAGCCUCCUCUCCAAGUAUCAAAUCACUGAAGAUGAAGUCUUAGAAGCCUACAAGCUUGAAGACAGGAUUAAGAUGUUUCAUAACGAACUGGCAAUUCAAUAUUGUAGAGAAAACAAGCUUUCAAUGUGGUCUCAGUUUACGUUUGACCAUGCUGUAGGGUAUGAAGAGCUAUCGCUGACAGAGAAGCUUACAGUCCUUGAGGCAAUUCUGCAGUUAACACUGCAUGGUGUCACUGUCACAGAACAGGACACUGAACAGACCCUUGGUUGGGAGAAGAAAUACGAUUUUCUCUUCAGUUUGGUUGAACAACUUUAUGACACAAAUCCAACUUUGGCCGAACACAUUUUGUUAAAUAUUCUUGAUUCAAUUUCAGAGCUGUCGCCGCAAAGUAGGGAGAUUUUGGGUCAACUGCUAUUCAACAGGGUCUGGACACCCACAGAAAUAAUGCUCUUCAUUCGCAAAAUUUCAGCUAUCGAAUGCAGUCAAAUACAUUCAAUUCUCCACACAGCACAGACCUACCAGCUAGGCUGCCUCCGCAUACUCUCUUCUCUCAAGACAGAAAGUCCUCUAAUGUUUCUACAAGAGCAAGUAAAAAAUGACAGGGAUAAAGACGCUGACACAAUUUUGAGGGAGCUUCAGGAAGCAAACUGCCCAGAGAAUGUCAUGGCUGUGCUGGAAGAUGUGCUUAGGUAUCUGGAAACAGAGCUCCCAAAAUAUCAAUUGGUGGACCUUAACAAAGAGGAAAUAGAGAGUGGCAAAAGAAAGAUUAAGUCUCUUGAUCUUGCAAAUCCAGACGUUAGUAUUCUGAAGGAUGUUUUAAUAGGACUGUCAAUAGCUGUGCAAGACAGUUCAACGAUCACCACAUCAGACAACCAGGUGAUUCAAGGCUAUUUUCCAAGACUUACACAACUGGCAUCAUUACUCUUACUACUGCUGUCGCAGUUGACAGGAAAUAAGGGUUGUCUCCUUGAGAUUGGCACUGGUGAAGGCAAGUCCUGUAUCUUAGCCAUGUUUGCUUCAAUCCUAGCCAUUCGUGGAGUAAAUGUGGACAUUGUGACUAGCUCUCCUGUUCUUGCACGACGAGAUCAAGAAGAGUGGCAAAAGUUGUUUCAGAUGUUAGGCGUCACUUCAUCUGUAGUACCUCCACCUUUUUCGGGUGACUGUUCUUCUGAGGAACAAGACAGGCUGCUUCAAGAUGCAUAUAAAAAGCAAAUAGUGUAUGGAACAGUUGGCACCUUUGCAGCAGACACACUGAGACAAGAAUUUGAGAAGACAACUACACGUGGAAGUAGGGAAUUUAAGCUUGUAAUAGUAGAUGAAGUGGACUAUAUGACCUUGGACAAUGGAGUUCAAGUAACAUUCCUGUCCCAUGAAGCCAGUGGAUUGAGGCAUGUGGAGCAAGUUCUUGCCAACAUAUGGACCAUGACAUCUACAUGCCAGCCAAUUGAAAUGCUUGAAACAGGCGAGAUAAAAUGGGCCACAAGGAUGCAGUCCUUUCAUAAAGCUGCAACGGCGGCUGUUAUGGGAUUGGAAACAUCAGACAACUUCUCGGCAAAUGAUAUCUUGUUGCCAGGGGUGAAUUUGGGAUUCUUUUCCCAAGAGGACAUCGAAAAGAUAAGUCUAGCUGAGAGAAAGAAAGAAAAACAAAGCGAAGAUAUUGACUUCCAGGAUGACAUGUCAAAAGCGUUUGCUGACAUCAUGAAGACAAUUACAGUUUCACAACAGUAUGAUCUUUUGAGUGUAUUUGAGGAGGUUCUGGAAAACAGUGUAGUAUUUGAGUGUUUUUCUGAAGAGAGCAGGAAAGCCAAACCUUUUCUACCAAAGAAAAAACAAAGUGAUGUGAAAAUUGAAAUGUUACUGCUUGAAGGUGGAAUGGCAUGCGAAAUGAUGUCUGAGAAGACACUCAUCGAUGUGACUGUAAGAACGAUAAAUUCUUCUAUCAGAUACUCAAACGAUGCUCAAAAUUUCAAGAAGUCUGACAACAUCGUAGUCAUCCCUUUUUUCUUGAAACACUAUAUUGAAAGUCAGUUACCGGUGUUCGUAGAGAAUGCAUUAAAGGCUGUUCAGAUGACUCAGGGCAGAGAAUACAUGAUAGACAUUUCGCCAGCUGCUGAGAGGGAAAUCGUCCAUACUCCUGACAAGCAUGAGUAUAAUGCCAUAAUUCCAGUGGACUUCAGAGCGAGUGGAGUACUGGAAAAAAACAAGAAGUGGGGUAAUGGCCUGCAACAGUUUUUGGAGAUGAAGCACCAACUUGCAAUUUCACCACUAUCCAGUGUGACAAACUACAUGUCAAAUUUCCACUACUUUAAAAGAUACAUCGAUGGUAAUGGCAUAUUUGGGGUUUCUGGUACAUUAGGAGGUGAUGCAGACAGGGACUUUCUGGCAAGACAUUAUGAAACAAAGAGUUACACUAUACCUGCUCAUCGUCAUAAAAAGGUUGUUGAGCUUCCAGCCAUGCAGGUGAAAGGGGGCAACAACCAAUGGAUCCAAACUGUUUGUGAAACUGCAUGGAAAGUAGCAGACAGGGGUCAAGUUGUCUUAGUCAUUUGUGAAGAUGUUAAAACAGCAAAUGAACUACAUGGGAAGAUGCAAGAAGGAGGAAGAUGCAAGCCAGACCAGAUAACACUGUACACAAUUAGCGAGAGACACAAUGUUGAAAAAGAGCGAUUUUGUGGAGGGAGAAUUAUUAUCGCCACAAAUCUUGGAGGACGGGGGACAGACAUAAAGGUUGAGGACAACGUGAAUGAAAGUGGUGGUCUUUUUGUUCUUCUUACGCAUUUCCCACGCAAUCGACGGGUUGAGAAACAAAUCUUUGGCCGCACAGCUCGCAAAGGAAAUCCUGGAAUGGUCCAAAUGAUUCUGAACUGCGAACAUCUUGCACCUGCUUACCAAGGUCAGCCUUUGGAAAUUAUGAGACAACUGAGAGAAGAGUACGAAAUUAACCGCAUACGUGACAUGGAAGGUGAUGAGCUUGUUGAAAUAAAUCUCAAGGAAAAACUUUUCUCCACAUUUUGUAAAUUCCUCAAGGACUUUGACAAGCAUUACACAGAGAAAGAACGACAGGAUCCCUUCCAACUGAAGCUCAGUGAUAUUCCUGACUGUUUUACAUGCCAUCGGUCUAAGUUUGAUUAUCAGCCAGCUCUCAACGCUUUGAAAGAAUCAUGGGCCUUGUGGUUAACACUUCAUGAGGAGAACAUUAAUAGGCAUGAAGCGUUCAAUGACCUUCAAACAGACCUUAUGAACACAAUGAAUGAAACAAGUGAGAAACUGCUGCAAGGAAAAAGUGAUAAUAUCUAUCAUCACAUCAGGCAAGCAAUUGUCAGAACUGACCUACACUGCCGAAACAAAUCUGAACUUGACUACGGAGCAAAAUCCUAUUGGCAAAAUGUUGAAAACUGUGAUCCUUUCUACAAAGCGGUGGCACUCUAUAACCAGGUGUAUAUCACCAUCAAUCUUGGCAAGGGUGACUAUAAAGCAGAGGCUAGGAGGCUACUGCAAGAUGCUAAAGACUGCAUAGACGUCCAUAUCUCAGAAGUCUCAAACACAAUGGUAUCAUGCAAUUUAUCGGUCACUAAUAACAAUAAAACCCAGCAAACAGACGGCAACAACUUUCAGAAUCAGAUGGCAACCAGAAUGAACAUUUUCAAGUCUUGGAAAGAAUCCAUUGAUAAAGCACUGGAAAAACUUAAGGAGCUGGAAGAAAACAACAGUGAUGCCAUUACAGAAGACUGUUCAGUCUACAAACUGUCAAAAGAAAACAGUUUCAUUGUCACAAAUGAGAUAGUGGCGUUAUAUGAGUAUGGCCUUGGUGUUGUUUUUGAAGUGAAACAGAAGCCGAAGUUUUGCUUUGAUGCCCUGAUAUGUUUCAUCCUUGGGGUGGUCCAGGUGAUUGCUGGAGUUCUUGUCUGUGCCCUGUCAUUUGGCGCUGCUAGCCAGUUUGGACUUGGCCUGAUUUCAGAAGGAGUGUCUGACAUGAUUAGUGGAAUAGAAGGCAUGAUAAAGGGCACAUUUGAUUGGGCAUCAUGGGCAAUAUCUAAGAGUAUCAGCAUUGGGAUAUCUUUGUUAACUGCUGGGUUCAGCACCAUCAAGAAAGCAGUUCAGUCGGUGUAUAAAGUGACCAAAGGUCUGCUGAAUGGUACAAAGUCUUUCUCUUCUGUUGCCUCUGAUUUUAUCAAAUCAGGAAAAGGCAUAUUUACUUCGUUUAAAGGAACUGUCCAGUCUGGGGUAUCGUCUAUUGGUAAGGAAUCCUUUGGGGCUGCGAUGAAAAAGAUGACAUCUUCAACAGCGUUACAACAGAAUUUCAAACAUGCUGCCAAAUUUGCGGUUCAGGAAAUAGGAAAGCAAGCUGUUAACACUGCAAUUAACCAUGCGAUUAAUGCAGGACUUGAGGCCCUGUUUGAGAAGAUUUUAAAGAAAGCUUUUGAACGUAUUGUGUUUUCAUCAGUGAAAGAGAACAGUAAACUGGAUCAGACUCUCAGUGAGUUCAUCAGCUCAGGUGUCCCAAAAGUAGCUUUGGAGAAAGAUAACUUCAAGAUUGACCAGAAGUAUGAGCAACAAUUUAAACAAUCAGUUGAUAUGCUUACUGAAGACAUUAUCCCCCACCUCAUAAUGGACUGUACAACAGUGCACGAGGUAAUCAACAGGCUCUCCGAGGUGUCGAACGCCGCAACAGAUAUCUUGAACAAAGCGAAAUGCUCAGGUGUGGCUGAAGGAGCUGCGCUAUGUUUAAAAGUAGCUGACUGCACUACCCAUCUCAUUGAAAUGUUGAAUGCCAUCCCUACAAAGGCAAUAAUAGACAGCAAAUUUGUUCCUGAACUACUGAAUAGUAUCAGUGAACUUCAGCAAGGCACGGAGAAGUAUGACCAAGAUGGCCGACACAAUCUGCAAGAUGUACGACGCUUGAAAGAAGAUGCUCUAUGCAUGAUUGCUCAAAGUGUUUCUGAUGCAUUUAUCAAGGCCUGUUCUGGGCAUAUAACCUCCUGCAUCACAAAAACGUUUAAGAAUACGUUGAACAGUGCCACUGGAAAGAUUGUUUGCAACCUAAUGAACAGACACAAAACUCAACAGUUUUUCGAUGACCAGAGGCAUAAGCACAACAUGAAAUCUGCUCGCCACAAUAUAGUGAACAGUCUUUCAGAGGAAGACAGGAGGGAUCUAAUGCAGUACACAGAAGACAUAAGCAAAGUGGAUCGCCCUGCAACAGCCCUUGAUAUUUACGUGCUCACAAAAAGUGACCUGCUUGAUGGAAAAGGAAUUCGAAUCACUGUAGUUGAUGAGCGUGGAAAAAGGUUGUCUGAGGAACAUUACGCGGGAACCAAUGAAUCAGCUGGUGAUAUAACACUGAGAUUGACAAAACGUGUGAAAGAGCUGCAUCCACCAAAGAAAAGAAAUUUUGUCACAUGGGUCAAGUCAAAGGUCUAUGGUGAACAACAGCUAUACAGUGGUCAUUUUGACAUUGUGCAGGAUGAUGGCAAAAUAAUAGCUGUUAAUUCAGAUAAUCAGAAUUGUCUCUAUCAUGCCAUUGCACAAUCAACUGGAAAUAAAACAGAUGACCCAAAAAAAGAGGCUGUGAACCUUCGUGACAAAGUGAAAAAUGAGGUUCAGAAAAACCUUGAAUCAUACGCACCCAUCAUUAAGCUUCAGAGGGAGUAUGACUACUCACACAAAAACCCAGGGAAAUAUGCCAUAACUGGAGGAACCAAAAAGGAGACAGAUGCUGCUUUGCAGGAAUAUUUUGAGCGUACCAAGAACAUCGGUGAAGACGAAAACAUGAUCAUCAGAACCUACCAUCUUGGAUUUGUUGGCAAAUAUAAAAGCUUGCUAAGUGCUCGGAAAUACUCUAAUAACAACAAUGGAACACUUAAUGCAGACCAUAUUCCACCCAAGGACUCCAUUAGACAAGCCCAGAAGUUAAUUAAACACUUGGAUCCGCAGGAAGUAAAAAAUUCCCAACUUUACAAACUGGUUGACAGCAUACAGAAUGAUAAUAAUGGACAGAAUCUGAUUGCCAUGGAGGUUUUGGGCCAAAAUCACAGACAAGCUUUAACUUCUGGUCCAAGCAACCACUCAAAGAUGAGCAGGAAGUUGCUUGCAGACACCAUCGUUAGUGGAGAUGCUGAAUUGCUUCUGAAACAGUGCAUGAUUCUGCAUCACCCAGUUAUCUCGCAAAAGCUCAGAGCUGAUUUAGGUGAAAAUACACAACGUCAUCAGCAUGAUUUGUCUCUGGAAGGCACACAUGCCUACUACAAAGCAGGCUAUCUCGGCCUUGUGAAAGAGUACAGCGACAUGGGAAUCAUUGAUCAGAACCAGAGAGAACGACUGACUGACUGGGUGACUGAAGGUCGCCAUGAGGAUACUAACAGUGCUGAGUAUCGUGAGAUCUUACGUGUGAUAGCAAAUCAAAACACAGAUUGAGAGCUAACUCACAGGUGUUAUCUGCUAUAAAACAUAAAAGACCAUCUUUGUAUUCAUGUUUUUUAGUCAUGUAAGUUUUUUUCCAUGUUGCAGCCACAUUAACAACCAUAGUGGAGAAUUAAAAGAAAAGUGAUUACCGGCAUGGAAAAAGAAGAAUGACAAUAAGAUCAAAAACAAAAAUGAUUGAAGGGUUUUGUUCCAAAAUGCAUUACAGACCACUUCUAAUUUUUUUUUUCCUUCAAGAUUUCUUUUUUUCUUUAUUGGUAGUAGCUUUACAAAUACAAGAAAUGGGGGCAGUCGUGGGCUGGAGGUUAGGGGACCAGCCUUGCGACCAGAAGGUCGGCGGCUCAAUCCCCUGAGCUGACGGGAUGUGACUGAGGUGCCCUUGAGCAAUGCACCUAACCCCAAACUGCUCCCCGGGCACUGCGGAUAGGGCUCCGGGCAAGCGUGCUCACUGCCCCUAGUGUGUGUCUUCACUAGUGUGUAUGUGGUGUUUCACUGCACGAAUGGGUUCGAUUGCAGAGGUGAAAUUUCCCCAUUGUGGGACUAAUAAGGGUCUCAAUCUUAAAAUGUCAAUGCUAUAUUAUGAUUAAUACCACUUUUAUUUGAGGGGAAAAAAUGUGUUUUCUUAGAAUAAAUGCCAAAUAAGAAAAUAUUGGUACAUGUCAGAAUCUUUGUGAAAACUGCACACGUGGGUUUUAAGAAGAAAUCUCUUCUUAAGAAUAGUUGGUGAAUGAGGACCAAUGUGAGUCUUGUAUGAAUUUCCUAUUGACUUUGAAAUAAAGAACAAUGUUGAUCAGUCAA